AAAUAAAAUAAGUUAGUGUGUAUUCGUAAUUUAUUGUUUAUUUGCAAUUUUAUUGAGUACUACCAUGUUAGUACAGACUUUGUAGGUCGAGGACGUUUAUUCAUCACCAAAAAAUUGUUUUGAAAAGUGCCGUUUCUUGAAUAUGUGAUAUUUAUUUUUUAAUGUCCGAGUGAUACAUGCGUAAUUAACAUAUAGCUCAGACCUAAAAAUAAACGUAAUCACCAUUCAAAAAGAAGUGUAUCAAUGAUGCCCGGAAGACUAGGACUACCAAUAAUGCAUGAAAAUCCUCUAUGGAUUUCCUGGCAUGACUCCAACUGGAUCCCUAUUUUAAAUCCGACCAAUGUUCUGGACUACUUUUCGGAAAAAUCGAACCCUUUCUAUGAUCGAACCUGUAACAACGAAAUUGUUCGUAUGCAGCGUCAGAGCAUAGAUAUGCUGAGCAACAUGUCGGGAAUUGAGUACAUUUUGCUACACGUUCAAGAUCCUAUUUUGUACGUAAUUCGGAAACAGCAUAGACAUAAUCCUACGGAUGCGACGCCAAUAGCGGACUACUACAUCAUUGCGGGUACUGUAUACCAAGCGCCGGAUUUGGCAAGUGUAUACAAUUCACGAAUUCAUUCAUCUGUACAUCAUCUGCAAAGUGCUUUUGAAGAAGCUAGUUCUUUUUCGCGAUACCAUCCGAGUAAAGGGUAUUCAUGGGAUUUCUCUGUCAAUAAAGCAAUUGCAGAGAAAAACAAGCAUGAAAAAAGCAAAGCUACACCUGAUAAAGAAGAGCCAAGUUCGCUUUUCCAACGCCAACGUGUCGACAUGCUGUUAGGAGAUCUGCUGCGAAAAUUUCCGCUACCGCUUCCUCAAAUCCAGCACCAAAGCCAUCCUAACCAGAACGUAGUGGCUAACACAAAUGAUGGCGCAGAUGGGUCAAUGGAAAAUGGGUCGGAAAUGUCGAACAUCAAACAGGAACGCAUGGAGCACGUGCCGAACAAACGCAAAGAUAGUCCAAAUAUGUUAAUCAAGGAUGAGGUAAGAAAUGAUAUGAAACCUCCACCAGAAAAAAAGAGUAAGAAUAGACUAAAUGAAACUGAAGCAAGACAAAAUACAGAAUAAUAUUUGAAUUUAUCGCCUAACGAGAUUAUAAUAAUUUCAAUUUCAAUAAAGGCUUCAGCGUGUUUAACGAACCCAAUCAUAUAUAACUGGA